AUGAUUACAGUCAGAUCAGUUGAUCCUUUCAAACCAAAAGAUGGAGAAACACUAAGAAGUAUAGGCUUCAAGAAAAGGGAUUUGAAAAAUGUUGAAGAAUCUGAUCAUCAUGGCCACAAUGUUCUGCUCAUAGAAGAAUCUAUACGCUUCAAGAAAAAGAAGUCAACUGCAAAAUUGGGUCAAACAGCAUUUUCAUUCAAGAAUCUAAAUCUUGCUAUAAAAGGCAAGAACUAUGGCUUGGUCAAUAAUGUGGAUGCCACAGGUUCUUCACCUGAACCUUCGUACAUGCCAUCUCCAAGGCCUGCUACUGAGCUUGAUGCAGCAGCAACUAAUUUGCAGAAAGUUUACAAGAGCUACCGGACUCGCAGAAACCUCGCAGACUGUGCCGUGGUUGUGGAGGAGCUCUGGUGGAAAGCAUUGGACUUUGCCACCCUGCGGCGGAGUUCUAUAUCUUUCUUUGAUUCUGAUAGAUCAGAAACCGCUGUUUCUAGAUGGGCACGAGCUAGGACCAGGGUAGCUAAGUUUGCAAAGGGCUUGUCCAAGGAUGAAAAGGCUCGGCAGUUAGCUUUAAGACAUUGGCUAGAAGCUAUUGAUCCAAGACAUAGAUAUGGCCACAAUCUGCACUUGUACUAUAAUGUGUGGUUUGCUAGUGAGAGCUCACAACCAUUCUUCUACUGGUUGGACGUGGGAGAUGGGAAAGAAGUCAAUCUCGAGACAUGCCCCAGGACUGUAUUACAACGUCAAUGCAUCAAAUAUCUUGGUCCAAAAGAGAGGGAGGCGUAUGAAGUGAUGGUGGUGGAAGGGAAGCUAGUUUACAGACAAAGUGGAAAGCCUGUGGAAACUGUGGAAGGAACCAAGUGGAUAUUUGUUCUGAGUGCAUCACGGACAAUGUAUGUAGGCAAGAAGGAGAAAGGCCGAUUUCAACACUCUAGUUUUUUAGCUGGUGGUGCUGCCAUUGCAGCUGGCAGAUUGGUUGCACAUAAUGGGGUUCUUGAGGCUGUAUGGUCCUACAGUGGUCAUUAUCGCCCAUCAGAAGAGAAUUUCUUGGAGUUCAUUAACUUCUUGGAGGAGCAAAAUAUCGACUUGACAGAUGUUAAGAAAUGUCCCAUGGACGAUGACAUCCCACCUACUAAAGGUAGAGAUGAAAAGCCCAAAUUGGAGAGCAUAAAAUUAAAAGCCACCCAAAAUAUUGAAGAUGUGGGUGCAAAAGGACAACCCAACAAAGCCAAUUCCAUUUCAAAAGGUAAUAAGGAAGCAAAGGUGGACACAAAAGACAAUACUAAUGAAGAAAACAUGCAAAGUCCCACGGCUAAGAAUAAUCCUAGUGCAGUUUUUGAUCUACACAAGCCCUUGUCUUGCAAAUGGAGCACUGGAGCGGGGCCUCGCAUCGGCUGUGUAAGAGAAUAUCCUGCAGAGCUACAAUUACAGGCACUUGAGCAUGUGAAUUUAUCCCCAAGGCUUGUACAUAAAUCCUUCGUUACUUGUGGUCCAAUUCCUUCACCAAGACCUAGCUCACAAAUCUACCUACCCCCAAGACUUGCUUAUCUGGGGCUUCCAAGUCCAAGAUUACAAGUUCCUAGUUUGUAAUAAGUAGUAGACAUUCACAAUAAUUCCAAGUUUUUUAUGUUCAAGACUGUGGCAGUUCUUUUGCCCUUUGGAUAUGAGCCUCUAUUUCGAAGCUAGGAGGUAACCUACAAGGGAUAGCGACUGGAC